CAAAAGAAGAAGAACAAGAACAGUCAUUGCUUUCAACUUUUAUUAGCUGACUGUCUGUGAUCUUCACAAAUCAGAAGCAGAUGACACUGGAGUGAGGAACAUCACUUGUGGUUUGCAUACAGUUGCCAGAUAUUAAAGAACAAUGAUGUGGAUUCCCUGUCUCACAUUCCUUCUGUUGACCCUGUCCACCAUAUGUUUUGGAGACAAUCCCGGGGCCACGGUUCAAAUCACAGACUAUGGCCUAGAAGGUGGAGUGCAAUAUCUAGUGAAUACAUUGAAGUCAAAUAAUACAGAAUACCAGCUACCAAAUGUGACCGGAACUGAAAACAUAGCAAACGAGGACAUGACAUAUGAGUUCACACAGAUGCGCUUGGUAAAGUUUCAUCUUGGAAAUUUGUCUUCACAAUGGUUGCCUGGGACUGGAAUGCGUGUAUCAAUGAAAAAUGGCAAUGCUACAAUAAACUGUAACUGGAAAAUAGACAGCUGGCUAAUAAACGACAGUGGGACAGGUGUGGUGACCUUAACUGGAUUAUCUAUCUCCAUGAUCAUGGGAGUUAGUCGAAUCGAUCCAGGUGUACCAUCUGUACACCUUCUUGACUGCCAAUCAAGUGUUCAAAAUGUUGAUGUCCAGAUGUUGGGUGGAGUUAGCUAUAUCUAUGAGAGUAUAAAAGAAUCCAUUCAAGAUGUGGUACGAAGAGCUGUUGACCAGCAGCUGUGUUCUUCUAUUAGAAAUGAAGCUAAGAAAUGGGAUCAGUGGUUAAGUGAUUUAAAAAUGAAAUUGCCAGUAACUCGUUUAAUGGAGCUUGACUUGUCUCUUGUGGGUAAUAUAGAAGUUACAGACUGCCAUGCUAAUAUAGGAUUAAAGGGCUUUUUCCAAUCACUUAUCAAGUCACAUGGUGAGACUGCUUUCUCUCCAGCACCAAUGACACUCCCAGUCCAGCAUGACGCCAUGUUUUAUGUUGGAGUGUCCCAGGCUUCCCUGGAUUCCCUUAGUUUUGUUUACUACUCUGCUGGAUUUUUUACUUUUGAGGUCUCUCAUUUGGUGGGCUCCAAAGACUUGACAACCUCAGAGUUGGCUGCUUACAUGCCAGAGAUUUCUCAACAUUUUCCAAACCCUGCACCAGUGAAAAUCAAGAUGUAUGCAACAAAGUCUCCACUGGUAUUUCUUCAGUCAAACAAUUUGACUAUCCAGUUUAGUGGAACCUUGCAAACAUAUGUCUAUCCUUCAAAGAACCAAACCGAGAAUCUUUUCAGUGUUAACUUAGUGGUUAACUUACAAACCAAUAUUUCCUUGUCGCAAGCCAAAGGAGCUCCGGGUUUGAAUCUCACAGGUUCUGUGAUCUUAGACCGGUUACAAAUCGAAGGGAGUGAAACUGUCAUUAAAGUAGAAAAGGGGGUCGUGACAGAAAAUGGAGUCCAGCAGCUCUUCCAGGAGAUAGUAUUACCAAAUGUGAAUGAACAAUUAGCAAGUGGAAUUUAUAUUCCCAUCAAGUUCGUGAUGAAGACGUCUUUCCAUGUUAAGCAGGGAUUUGUGAUGUUGGCAGCUGAUCUGAAGUAGUGGUCUACAUGCCUGAUGAUCCAGAUGACAUAUAAUUGGAUGUGUUCUGCAUCUUCCCAGCAAGCAUUGCAUGAUUUUCGCUGAGUGCUACAAGUGUGGGACAUUGUGAUAUGCAUUGUACCCCGGCUGUAUAUAUAGAAUCAUUUUAUAUUUAUAUACCUCAGGAUAUCUUCAUUAUCUACCAUAUUAAACUGAAUAGAAAUGAUGGCUGGACGCUCUUUUUACCGACUCUAAGGGAUGUCCAGCAGCUGCCAUUGACUCUUGAAUAUAUUUGCUUGGCUGUCCUCCAUGUACAUGUUAAUGGAGAAACUGACAUCUUAAAGGGGUUGUCUCAGAUUAGAAAACAGGUCAGAUUUUUUUUUCACAGAAACAGCGCUACUGUUGUACAGGGACUGUGUAUGGUGAUGUCCCUUUUUUUUUCCUCUGCAUAUUAUUUUCACAUGGACCAUUGCCACCAAGUCUCCAUAUACAGCUAGUUCUACCGCCUAAGUUAUGUUUUAAAGGGGUGAUCUCACAAAACGUAUUUAUCUGUUGGAUAGUAGUGUGAUCCAAUUGGUGGGACCCCCAAGAAGGGUCCCCACUCUGAAAAGAGUGUUAGUGCACAUGUUGGUCCACUGCGCCAUUUCCUUUUAGAGGACUAAUGGAGUGCUGUCUGUGUCAGACCCAUAGAAGUAAAUGGAGGGGUGGGCCGACAUGUGCACUACUGCUCCAUUCAGAGAGGGGAUCCAAAUUCGCUUAGAGUCCCAGCUGUUGGUUAAACCACCCCCACCUGGGCAAUCUGACAUUUAUCACCUAUGGGUUGGUGACAAAUACUGUGGGAUAACCCCUUUAAUUGUAUGCUGAGUGAUCUCACAAUAAGGGCUCAUACACACGACCAUGCUGUCUGAAAAACACUUAGGCCGGUCAUGUGCAUUCUGCAAUUUGUGGAACUGAACAGGGUGCCCAUGAUAGAAAUGCCUAUUCUUGUCCCCAAAAUGGACAAAAAUAGCACGUUCUAUUUUUU